UAUUUGUAGCUGAACCUGUAGUUAAUCAACCACCAACAAUAACAUGUCCAUCUGUAGUUGGUCCGUUCUAUCCGGAUAAAGGAAAGGAUACUGUUGUUGUAACCUGGGAUGAACCUACUGCAACUGACCCUGAAGGACAGCUGGGAAGUAUCGAUCGUGAUGGUUCAGCACCAAGUUCAGAAUUUGGAGAUGGUAGUCAUACGGUUGUUUAUACAGUUAGCGACGAUGUGGGAAACAGAGAUACCUGUACUAUUCGAUUUCAGGUCAAAGUUAUAUAUUGUUAUUUCGGCGGUAGUUUGUAUGGGGAGGACGGUAGAUCAACAUGUGCUACGCCUGCUUUGUAUGGAUCUAACUGUGAAUUUACCUGUAAUACAGGGUACACGCUUUCAGCAUCUAGUCCAACAACAAAAACGUGUCAAAAAAGUGGAUCAAUUGGAGAAUGGCAACCUUCGGAUAAUUUUGUGUGUGAAAAGAAGAAGUGUAGCGAUCCACCUUCGUAUUGUAAUGGACAGUUGAUAUGUUCUGAUGGCAAUAAUUUAGAUUCUGUAUGUUACCCGUCCUGCAUUGAAGGUUAUUCCACAGAUUUGACGAGGAAUAUAAGAUGUAAUGGUGAUGAGUGGAUAGGAGUAAACACUCUACAAUCAUGUUUAGAUGUGCAGCCUCCCGAGUUUACAUUGUGUCCAGAGACAGUUCAUGCAUUUGCUGAUGUAAACGGUUUUGCAACUGUUGAUUGGCCAAUGCCAGAAGUAUCAGACAAUUCAGAAAAUGCAGACAAUUGCGGAGGUAGUAAUGGAAUAACUGUAUCUCAAGUACUUGGACAAGCUCCAAAAUCAAACUUUGAAAUAGGUUACCAUGACAUAACUUACACUGCAACAGAUAAUAACAAUAAUGGUGGAUUGUGUGAAUUUACAGUCAUAGUUGAAGAGCUUUCUUGUGAUCCGCUUGUUGUUACAGACCAGUUUUUACUAGUUCAGUGCCCAAAUGGUUAUUCCCUUGGAUCAACAUGUUCAUUUUCGUGUUUUUUAAGCUACGAGCUAAAAGGCGGCAUGAAUGUUAUAUGUCAAAAAGAUCCAAAUAAUGAAAACAAAGCAAUUUGGGAUUGGAAAGAUGGCAAGGAAUCUUACUGUGAAAAAUUGACAUGUCCUGAGUUACCACCUCCAGCUGGAGGUGCUUUAGCAUGUUCCUCGGCACUUGGUAAUCAAAUCUGUACGAUGUCAUGUUCUGAUCAAUACCAGGUAUCGAAAGAGACACCUACAGAAUAUGUUUGUAAUGAUCAACAAAUUUGGAUACAAGGAACUCCUCCGGAUUGUACAGACAGAGUUCAUCCAUCGAUUGCAAUAUUGCCCGGUGGAUUAUUUUACUACUACUCAGGUGAAUGUUCAAACUCUGGCGUUCAAGAAAAUAUAAAGAAUAAUUUUGUAGACGUGAUGAAAAGUCUUGAUGGUACUGAUGGAUGGGAUAAUAUUUGCCCAGAUUACUGCACUGUGGAAGGGGUGACUGUUACAUGCGGUCCUUCAAACGGUCGACGCCGACGGAGCAUUUUCAAACGGUCAACAGAUAAUGAAAUUACAGUUGGUUUUAAAGUUUCAUCACAAUGGGAGACAACUAAAACCCUAUGGGGAAAUGAUGAUACUCUACAAGAAUUAGGCAAAUUGAUGAAAAGUGAAGUGUCAAAGGGAACAUUUGACGUUAAUGGAACGACAACUGGAAGUAUGACUUUUGGUUGGAUAGAAUUCCCAUGUGAAAUUGGGCAAGAACCAGUCUAUGAAGAUGAUGCUAGAUGUGUCGGAUGUUCACCUGGCAAAUAUUUGCAAGACGGGAAAUGUCAUGAAUGUGACAAGGGUAACUUUCAAGAGAAAGAAUACCAAAUAAACUGCACAAAAUGCCCUACAGGAAAAUCUACAGCAGAUAAUGGGUCAAAAAGUAUAAAUGACUGUAAAGAUAUGUGUCCUCCUGGAACUUAUUCUAGCACAGGUGUUGAACCAUGUUCUCCUUGCCCUCUUGGACAAUACCAGUCUAUGUAUGAAUCUACAUCGUGUUUGUUAUGUGAUCCAUUAGAGUUUACUAAUUCAACAGGAUCUAAAAGUAAAGCGGAAUGUCAAGUGGUAGAUUUGACUUUCAUGAGUGAUAAAGCUUCUGUAAAGCUUGGAUCAUUAAAUAGUAGUAUAGACAGCUUUAGUAUCGGAUUCUUCGUGAAAUGUCCAAAUGCAACCAACACGACACUUCUAUUUUCGUUGGCGAAUUUUAAGUUUUCAGUUGGAGCGGAAAUGAUCUUUAAUAUAGCUGAACACUCUUGUCACCUUACUGUGUCUAAUGGAGUAAAUUUAAGAAAAUGGACACAUAUAACUUUGACAUGGGACAAAGAUUUAAAGGAAGUUAAGAUGUAUGGAAAUGGUGCAAAAUUGACUUCCUCAGUGUUUAAUAAUGUAACCCUCCAGGAAGCUGAUAUCCCAAUUGGAAGUUUUCUUGAAGUAAUGUCAACUCAGUCUGGGUGUUCAACAAGUGGUCUAUUUCUUGUACCGAGAGUAUUACCAGAAAAUGAAAUUAAUGCACUCAAAGAUUCUUGUGAAGCAUCAGUAUCAAACUAUGUUUAUUCCAUGAAUGAUGUAUUUUCCUCAGAGAUGAACGGAACUGAAUUAUCACCCUCAGGAUGUGAUGCAAUAGAUGAAUGUGAAAGUAGUCCAUGUAGCAAUGGCAACGUGUGUACAAACAAAAAAGGUGGUUACGAGUGCCAAUGUAAUGGUGGUUAUACUGGAAUAAAUUGUCAAAUUCCCCCAGAUUUUUGUGUUUCAAAUGACUGCGCUAAUGGUGCAACGUGUCUUUCUCAUUUUACAAACUACACUUGCCAAUGUCCAGCGGAUUAUACUGGAUUGUUGUGUGAAGCAAAGAUAGUGCAUGGUAAUUGGGGUUCUUGGAUUAAUUCAUCUGACUGCUCGGUUUCUUGUGGUGGCGGCUCACGUAAAAGAACUCGUUACUGCAAUGAUCCUAGCCCUGAUGCGAAUGGCAUAGACUGUGCAGGGAGCAACACGUCACAGAGUAUUUGUAAUACUCAUGAUUGUCCAGUUUGUCCACCGUAUUACAGAGUCAUGGAGUACAAAAACAGUUUCAACUGCUCUACAAAUGAUGAUCUAAUAUCAUGUGUUGUCACCUGUGCGGAUGGAUAUACCUUUGUAAAGGAUUAUUACCCGCUUGACAAAUAUGAAUGUGGGCCUCAGACAGGUUACAGUUGGACUGCUAGACCUCCACCGUGUACCUCUGGGCACCACCCAAAAGGUGUCAAUAGUAAAACUGUUGUUACUUACAGUGUGAAUUGUGAUGACCAGACGCAGAUGAUGUCUACACUUUCCACAAAACUAGAAACACUUCAGUGUAUUCAAAAUAAAACAUGCUCGUUGAACACAGAGGUAUCAGGGUGUCAAAAUAAUGGUAGAAAGAAACGAUCUACAUCGAUUGAUGUAACAAUUCAGUUAUACGCAGAUUUCACACAAAUCGGAGAUUUGAAUUUGCAGGAAUUCCUUGCAAAUAAUAUAGUGUCACAGGAACUCCUAGAUCUAAUGCAAGGUUACACAGACAUGAAAGAGUCUAUUGACCAAUUAAACGGCACAGAUAUAUUGACAAUUGAUGUAAAUGGCAACUUGUAUACAACAGACAUUUCUACCUUAUCAUUCACAACAAACAUUUCAUGCCCCGAGGGAACAGUUAAUGAAGAACUUCUAUGUGUUGAAUGUCCAUUUGGAACUUACUGGAGUAGUGGUUUUUGUGUAAUGUGUCCAAAGGGAUACUUUCAGGAUAUAAGUAAACAGUUAUCAUGUAAAACUUGUCCAGUGGGUUAUUCAACGCAAUUUAUUGCUUCUAGAAAUGAAAGUGAAUGUACAGUACCAUAUACUAUUACAACAGAAACUGACCAUUCAGCUAAUGAAAAGAGUGAAGUGCCAUAUUCUAUCACAACAGAAACUGACCUAUUUAGGCAUUCAGUUGACGAAAAGAGUGAAGUGCCAUAUACUAUUACAACAGAAACUAACCUAUUUACGCAUUCAGUUGACGAAAAGAGUGAAGUGCCAUAUACUAUUACAACAGAAACUGAUCUUUUUACGCAUCCAGUUGACGAAAAGAGUGAAGUGCCAUAUACUAUUACAACAGAAACUGACCUAUUUACGCAUUCAGUUGACGAAAAGAGUGAAGUGCCAUAUACUACUACAACAGAAACUGACCUAUUUACGCAUUCAGUUGACGAAAAAAGUGAAGUACCAUAUACUAUUACAACAGAAACUGACCUAUUGACGCAUUCAGUUGAUAAAAAGAGUGAAGACACAGUUUUUGUUACAUCUGUUAUCGCCUCUGUAGUAACCAUCGCGUGCAUUGCCUUGGUACUCGGUAUCAUACUGAUAUACAGAAAAUACUUCAGGAAACCAUCACGGAUUGAAAGUAGGGUGUCAAUUAGAAGUAUAGCUAGUCGUAGUAAGGGCCGUCCUAGUCUAAAUAACGCUGAUGGUUCAGACCAACUGUAUACUAAUUGACUAGAUGAUAUGAGGUACAUAUGUCCGCCUACAAAGUGCAGUUUAUCAGUUAAACAGCAUUGAACAAAUGAAAAGAGAAAGCUAUAGAACAUUUUUCUAAUUUCAUGUGAUUUUUUAUUUUUUAUUUUUAUCUAUUCAAUUUAACUUUAUGUUUUGAAAGCGUAAAAUUUUAUUGUUGUAAUAUCUAGAAUUAUUGUGUGAGAGAGAGAGAGAGAGAGAGAGAGAGAGAGAGAGAGAGAGAAUGAUUAUGUGUCAUUUAUUUGUGAUAUUAUUUGAUUAUAAAAUGGCAACAAGACAUAUUAGAAUGAUUUAUUGUUGACUGACGAUUUCGGUCAUUUUGACUUAUUUAUCUAUUAUAUAGUUUUUAAUGCAAUAGCCUUAAUCGAAAAAAAGGGUAAAAAUUUUUAUUUGAGGGCACUUACUCCGACAUGUAUAAGGUGUCAGACCACCAAUUCACUCACUCUUAUUUAGGAUGUAUGUAGAAGUAGGUUUUUCUGUCAAAAAGUAGUGCUUUUGAUGUCAUUGUUUACUGGAACUAACAAACAAAUUUGCAGAAAUGAAACCUUUGGGGAAAAAGAAAUAUAUUUGGACCAUUUUGAGCCAAAAUUUAGUUGGUCUGUGAGGUUGCAGUCUUUUAAUUGACUGCUCCAUAGGCUAACAUGCUAAACAGCUGAUCUUUGAAAUUAAAACAAAAAAAAAAUGCUACAUAGAAAAAAUGUUCAUGUUCAUAUCAUAUAUGUACUAAUUUGAAAUUGUGAUUUAAUCGAAAAAAAAGUGGGUCAUGCCACGAAGAAUAAAAAGUUAUGUAACCCUGAAGUCAAAACUAUUUUUUUCUACUUUCUGUUUGCUAGGUCGCACCACUUCCAGUAAACAUGAUAUCCUUCUACUUUCCUGGAUUGAUAUCCCCAAAAAGAUGCAAGAUUUUUUAAAAUCUAUACAUAUGUUUCAACUCAGUAUAAACUUUUAAUCAAACAGAAAAAUUGAGUCCAGAAAAAAAUUCUGAAAAAAAUGGACUAUUUUAUUUCCCUCCAUGUUUUGACAUGCACCGGAAACUGGAGUUGUAAACAAGACUGGUACCAUGAGCCUGCAUUGAAAAUGGAGGAUUAAUGCGCUCCAUAGUAUACUUAUUUAAGAUUUCCUGAAAACCAGAGGUUAUUUUUAGUAGUACUUGGAUUCCAAACGGUCAUUCUUAAUUACAAGACGUAAAACAUUGGUUGAAAAUUGGCAUGUAGAAAGGUGAUACAUGUACCAUUCAGGAUAUGCCUGGUUUCUGUGACGUUAAACUUAAGGUAAAAUAUUUAGAAAGUUGUGGAAAUUGAAUACAUUGAUUGAAUAGAUAGGGAUUUGAAUGGUGGUCUGACACCUUUAAAGCGAAAAGCGGUUAAUCACAAAAAUCAGAAAACAAUUGAUUUUUUUUUCUUAACUGAUCAUUUGAAAUAGAGGUAGCCACAUAACAACAUUUUUUGGGCCAAAAAGUCACAUAUUGCUAGAUUAGAGCCUUAAACCUGAAUUUGUGCUAUUUUUAUCUUUUUCCACCCAUACAAUAUGCAUGCAUAUAAAAAAGUGUCUGAAUUUGUUAUCAAUGCACAGUAAGUUGUUUUUGUGAUAUUGAACAGUUAAAUAUAGGUUGUUAACUACCAA